AUGUCUGGCGGCAAGGGCUGCUGUGCUGGUGCCUGCAACUGCUGCUCCCAGGGCAAGUGCUGCGACUCCAACGACUGCUGCAAGGGCGGAAAGUGCACGUGUAAAGACUGCAAGUGCACUCCUGACAACAACUGCGGAUGCUGCUGCAACGGCAAAUGCUGCGACGCCGGCGACUGUUGCAAGGGCGGAAAGUGCACGUGCAAAGACUGCGAGUGCACUCCUGCCACCAACUGCGGAUGCUGCUGCAACGGCAAAUGCUGCGACUCCGGCGACUGCUGCAAGGGCGGAAAGUGCACGUGCAAAGACUGUAAGUGCACUCCUGACAAAAACUGCGGAUGCUGCUGCAACGGCAAAUGCUGCGACGCCGGCGGCUGCUGCAAGGGCGGAAAGUGCACGUGCAAGGACUGCAAGUGCACUCCUGACAACAACUGCGGAUGCUGCGACUCCGGCGACUGCUGCAAGGGCGGAAAGUGCACGUGCAAGGACUGCAAGUGCACUCCUGCCAACAACUGCGGAUGCUGCUGCAACGGCAAAUGCUGCGACGCCGGCGACUGCUGCAAGGGCGGAAAGUGCACGUGCAAAGACUGCAAGUGCACUCCUGACAACAACUGCGGAUGCUGCUGCAACGGCAAAUGCUGCGACUCCGGCGACUGCUGCAAGGGCGGAAAGUGCACGUGCAAGGACUGCAAGUGCACUCCUGCCAACAACUGCGGAUGCUGCUGCAAUGGCAAAUGCUGCAAUGCCGGCGACUGCUGCGAGGGCGGAAAGUGCACGUGCAAAGACUGCAAGUGCACUCCUGCCAACAACUGCGGAUGCUGCUGCAAUGGCAAAUGCUGCAAUGCCGGCGACUGCUGCACGGGCGGAAAGUGCACGUGCAAAGACUGCAAGUGCACUCCUGCCAACAACUGCGGAUGCUGCUGCAACGGCAAAUGCUGCGACGCCGGCGACUGCUGCAAGGACGGAAAGUGCACGUGCAAAGACUGCAAGUGCACUCCUGACAAAAACUGCGGAUGCUGCUGUAAUGGCAAAUGCUGCAACUCCGGCGACUGCUGCAAGGGCGGAAAGUGCACGUGCAAAGACUGCAAGUGCACUCCUGACAACAACUGCGGAUGUUGCGACUCCAGCGACUGCUGCAAGGGCGGAAAGUGCGGCGGAAAGUGCACGUGCAAAGACUGCAAGUGCACUCCCGACAACAACUGCGGAUGCUGCUGCAACGGCAAAUGCUGCGACGCCGGCGACUGCUGCAAGGGCGGAAAGUGCACGUGCAAAGACUGCAAGUGCACUCCUGACAACAACUGCGGAUGCUGCUGCAAUGGCAAAUGCUGCAAUGCCGGCGACUGCUGCAAGGGCGGAAAGUGCACGUGCAAAGACUGCAAGUGCACUCCUGCCAACAACUGCGGAUGCUGCUGCAACGGCAAAUGCUGCGACGCCGGCGACUGCUGCAAGGGCGGAAAGUGCACGUGCAAAGACUGCAAGUGCACUCCUGACAACAACUGCGGAUGCUGCUGCAACGGCAAAUGCUGCGACUCCGGCGACUGCUGCAAGGGCGGAAAGUGCACGUGCAAGGACUGCAAGUGCACUCCUGACAACAACUGCGGAUGCUGCUGCAACGGCAAAUGCUGCGACUCCGGCGACUGCUGCAAGGGCGGAAAGUGCACGUGCAAGGACUGCAAGUGCACUCCUGACAAAAACUGCGGAUGCUGCUGCAACGGCAAAUGCUGCGACGCCGGCGACUGCUGCACGGGCGGAAAGUGCACGUGCAAGGACUGCAAGUGCACUCCUGCCAACAACUGCGGAUGCUGCUGCAAUGGCAAAUGCUGCAAUGCCGGCGACUGCUGCAAGGGCGGAAAGUGCAUGUGCAAAGACUGCAAGUGCACUCCUGCCAACAACUGCGGAUGCUGCUGCAACGGCAAAUGCUGCGACGCCGGCGACUGCUGCAAGGGCGGAAAGUGCACGUGCAAAGACUGCAAGUGCACUCCUGACAACAACUGCGGAUGCUGCUGCAACGGCAAAUGCUGCGACUCCGGCGACUGCUGCAAGGGCGGAAAGUGCACGUGCAAAGACUGCAAGUGCACUCCUGACAACAACUGCGGAUGCUGCUGCAACGGCAAAUGCUGCGACACCGGCGACUGCUGCAAGGGCGGAAAGUGCACGUGCAAGGACUGCAAGUGCACUCCUGACAACAACUGCGGAUGCUGCGACUCCGGCGACUGCUGCAAGGGCGGAAAGUGCACAUGCAAAGACUGCAAGUGCACUCCUGCCAACAACUGCGGAUGCUGCUGCAAUGGCAAAUGCUGCAAUGCCGGCGACUGCUGCAAGGGCGGAAAGUGCACGUGCAAGGACUGUAAGUGCACGUGUGUCGACCGCGAGAGCCCUUCGGGUGACAGUGGCAGUGCCGAUGACGGCGGCUACGGCUGCAGCUGCGUGUGA